UGCUUAAUACAAAUAUGAAUGAACCAUGAUUCCAUAUUAUUUAUGAGAAGGACGCAUCUGCAAUAUCAGUAUAUAACUGUCAAAACCAAACAUACACACAGAGGAGUUACAUGCAUCUGUUAGCUUUGCAAAUGCCAUUCUUCAUUUUCAGCAUGGUUUAGUUGGAAAGAUCAGAUCCUGUGUGUUUAGGAGGUGUGUCAAAGCCUGUUGACUGAUGUCUACACUUGCCUGGAGGGCACUUGUAAACACAGAAUACACCUUUGCUUAUAGCCAGCUGACUCACGUGACACAUCCACAGAUUGCCUUUAAAAACCCCUCUCGCCUGCUCCGAGACUGACAGAUCUGAUCUAGAAGAGGACAAAAAGUCGACAACAAUGAGUCUGAGCACCAGUACAGAAUCUGAAGUUUCAGAGGAUGAGUUGGAGGAUUGUCUUUUGGGUGAGGAUGACGACUUUAGCAGCGAAAGCCCUGCAAAGAUUCGUUCAGAGCGCUCAGUGUCAUCCAGCCCCAGUGACACAGAGGGAAUCAAAGUGGCUAAGAGGCGUACUCGGCCUAAGCGGUCUAAAGCACGUAGAGUCGCCGCAAAUAUCCGAGAGAGGAAGCGCAUACUGGACUACAACCAGGCCUUCAACGCCUUGCGCACUGUCCUCAAACAUGACCUUAGCGGAAAGCGUUUAUCCAAGAUCGCCACUCUCCGCCGUGCCAUCCACCACAUUUCAACACUGUCUUUAUAUCUGCGGACACAUUCAGACACUGAAGAACAUGCGCCUCCGUGUAUCCGUACAGAGUGUUACAGACAGCCAGAAGACAACACUUCUCUGCCCAAGAAGACAGGAACUUUCCAGGAACCGAUGGAGAACUACAUUCCCCAUCAUUCAGAGCCUCUCACAGUUUCUCCAGAGAUACCUGGGAUUUUGUACCAGGACAUAUCGAACUCUGUACCAUCUUCUCACUAUGGCCACUGCGCAACCAACAGUCAGGUACACGUGAGCCAUGGAUGCUACAGUCACCACUGGGAGGACCACAGCAGUGAUUACUACAGUGGAGGAGCUGGAUAUCAACAUGGGACGAGGGUCACCUGCCAUCAGAAUCAUUUGGACACUUAUGCAGACUCUGCUAACCCGUCUUUGGCUUGGCAGCUGGGUUACCUUCAGUAUCAUGGAUACCAACAAUCCCUGAGUAUGCACUGACUAAAUGUUCUCAUGCUAGAAUUAUGUUGAAAAACAUUAGCGAUCUGUAAAUAUAGUAAUGUGAAUAUAAUGUUUGGAUCCAUUGCUCAGGUUAAAAAAAAUAUACUGUACAUUCUAGAUUUUUUUGUACUUAAUAAUUCAUAUCUUUUUUAUAUGCACAAAUCCCCAAAUAAAGCAGCUUAUUAUAAACCUGACUCAAAAAGUAUAAAUAUAUUUUAAAUGUAAACCAGUUUAUGUACUCAUUCUACCAAUAAGAUUAUUGGUACAUUAAGAGCAGUCAAAUUCAUUUUGGUUAAACCGUUAGAACACCGAAGAAGAUUCACAUUAUUUUUAUAGUGAUACCUGACUCUGAUCCAUAUUAAUGUGGAAGUCUAUACCUGC